AUGGGCAGCAUUACGCCGAGUGGUGGCUACAAAAUCCAGGAGGUUCCAUUGGGAUCGCCUCGGCCUUUCCGUCUGGUAUGCAUCGAUGCCGGUUAUUCAGGGCUACUCUUAUCCAUCAUUGUAGGUCAGAAGAUGCAGGGGGAGAACCUUGACUAUCAGGUUUACGAGAUGAAUGGCGAUCUUGGUGGCAAGUGGCUGGUCAACAGCUACUACGCCACCGCCUCUAGUAUCCAUCACUAUCUUAAAGACACAGCAGUCAAGUACGACUGUGAGUAG